GCCGCUGCGGUUUGUGCAAUAUAUCACUGCGCCAUAUAUCAGUCAGAAUUGCGUGGUAGCCCAACUCCUCAAGAUACCUUUACUUCUAUGAUAAAUACAAGAGAUUUACAUGGUCAUGAAAUAAUCAUAACCAAAGCAUUGCACACUACAGAUUGUACGGCACGGUGUCCUGACAGAACUCAAGGGUAGCCCACGUCGGUCAGUCGUGGCACAGCAGUCACGUAACAAAAUCGCCCGCGCCACUCUACCAGCACCUAUUAAAAGAGGGCAAGCCAAAUUUUGCGUUUACCAACCCAAACGCGACAUGUCAGAUCAGUCGACUGAAUCGACAACUUCCCAAAUUGUCAAUGAGCUUUAUGAAAUUUCCAACAGCGUAGAGAGGAAGAAAGCAAAGACCGUCCGACACAAAGACUUUGUUUUGCCAUUGUCAGGUGUGAGGUUGACCAGCUGGACUAUGCUUGAAUCAGAAUACAAAAAGGAUCCCUGUCCCUUUCCUGUCAUGGCCCGAGGACUCUUCACUCGCAAGGUAGACGACAAAACCUAUCAGGUUGCUGUCCGGGGUUACGACAAGUUUUUUAAUUUGGGAGAAACCAAGUUCACUCAGUGGACAUGGAUUGAGGAGAAUACAAUUGGCCCUUACGAAGUCACAUCGAAAGAAAAUGGGUGUAUUAUUUUCAUCUCUGCGGUAUCUGAAAAUGAGGUGGUGGUUACAUCAAAACACAGUAUGGCUGACCCUAUAGACGAUCAGGCUCACCAUGCUGGUGUAGCGUACACAUGGCUUUUGAAACACUUGGAUUCAGCUGGGCGUUCCAUUUCUGAGCUUUCAUUAUGGAUUCACAAACAUAACGUCACAAUGGUCGCAGAGCUUUGUGACGACAAUUUUGAACAGCACGUUCUAGAGUAUCCACCAGAAACCAGUGGUCUGUACCUUCAUGGCAUUAACUACAACGAAAUCCACCUACAUACCAUGCCCAGUGACGAGGUUCGCGAGAUUGGACGAGAGUGGGGUUUGAGAGUGGCACCAUUUACAGUUUUGCCGGAUGUUCAAUCUAUUAAAGACGUUGAAGCGUCACUCCGCCACGAGGAUGAAUUCGAAAACAGACAAGUGGAGGGUGUAGUUAUUCGUUGUAGGACCAACGCCAAGUUACCGUUCUUUUUCAAAAUUAAGAACGACACCUACAACGAAUGGCGGGAGUGGCGGGAAAUUACCAAGGCGAUACUCUCAGACAAGAAUUAUCGGUGCCGAUUCGAAAGAAGUAUCUAUUACGCGCAGUGGGUGAAGGAAAGACUGAAGGACCAUCCGGAAUGGUUCAGCCAAUACAAGCAUUCGAAGAAUAUAACAUUUAUCCGUGAUGAGUUCGAAAAGUACUGGGAAGCAGGCAAUUUGCUGGAGAUUGGAGACCCAUGUACCGGAGUUACCAGAGGCUGAUUUUUUUUUUUUUUUUGGGUGGUUUCGGAAACAGACUUCUGCCGCUAUACCGUUCGUGACCGCUUCAUAAUAUUUUUUGGC